AUGCCAUGGGCGCCCGCCACCCAGCUAGGUGCUCGAGGAGAGACGCUUGACGCACGAUUCUGUUCGCGUCGAUCAUGCGAUAACAGCCGACUGGGCGAAUUUCUGCCCUGGCGGACGUUGAGGGGAUCAAAGGGACGGUUGAAUGGAUCCAUCCUCGCUGCCAAGCAGGCGCGGGACUCGGAAGAGCCGACAGCGCCGCGGAAUCAAUCUUGCGCAGCCUUCCGAGGCGGAAGCUCACACCAGGACUACCCGUUUCUGCACAAGAUUGGAAUAUUUGGUGCAACGGCGGCGGCUACCUUAUGUAUUGCAGGAGCAGCCCUGCCAAUUACUAAUGAACAGCUGCUUUUUAUAGAAGCAUGGCGAGCAGUGGAUCGUGCCUAUGUUGACAAGACAUUCAACAACCAGACUUGGCUGAAGGUCAGAGAGGCAGCCCUCAAGAAUUAUCCAAUGGCUACUCGUCAGGAGACAUAUGAAGCCAUCCGAAAGAUCUUGCUCUCCCUGGGUGACCCCUUUACAAGGUUCUUUGAGCCAGCACAGUAUGGGAUUGUGACUGGGAGCGAAAAAGGUGCGGUGACUGGUGUGGGCAUUGAAGUCGGGUACAACAUGUCCACAAGUGGUGAGCCACCGCCUAUGGUCAUCAUUUCACCUGUGCCAGAUGGCCCUGCUGAUCGAGCUGGUGUUUCCACCGGGGACCUCCUAGUUGCGAUUGAUGGCUCCCCAACUGUGGGAUUGUCAUUGUACGAAGCAGGUGUGAGGCUGCAAGGGGAGGAAGGAACAAAGGUUGUGUUGACUUUAAAGACCAGUGGAGGAAGGACAAAGGAAAUCGCUGUGGUCAGGGAAAAGGUCCUGUUCAAUCCAGUGGCCAUAAAGAUUUGCAGAUCUGUGAGCGACAAAGUUGGUGCCAACGGUCCAGUCGGAUAUUUGUCGAUUGCCAGGUUCAGUGAGCAGACACCCCUGGAUGUGAAGAGAGCUUUGAGCGAGCUCAAGGCCCAGGGCGCCCAGCAGCUUCUGAUUGACAUUCGCAACAAUGGGGGCGGUUCAUUCGCAGCAGGCGUUGAAGUUGCAAAGAUGCUGGUGGACGAGGGAGACAUAGUGCUGAUUUCUGACAGCGAUGGCGUGAGGGACAUAUACUCAGUCGAUGGCGUUGCCUUGGAUUCCACGACACCCAUGGCAAUCCUUGUCAACAAGGGUACAGCGAGUGCAUCAGAGGUUUUUGCCGGAGCUGUUCAGGAUAGCCAUCGGGGCCAGAUUGUGGGCCAGAGGACCUUUGGGAAGGGCUUGAUUCAAACGCUGGUGCCCUUGUCCGAUGGCUCUGGACUAGCCGUGACCGUGGCAAAGUAUCAGACGCCAUCUGGAAGGGACAUCAACAAGAUUGGCAUCGUGCCCGAUGUGGAGCUGCCUUCCAGCUUCAUGUCCGUUACCAAACAGGACAUCUGCAAGGCACUGCAGUCGAACGAAGCGCCCUCCCUGUACCAGCCGGAUGGACAGCCCACAGGCGGUACAUAA